AGCAGUCAUUAGGAGAGACAACGAUUCUUUUGCAACAAUUUCAUUAGUUCUUAAACAAUUAAUUUACAAAAACAUGGCAACACAGAGGAAGGGGAAAAUCGACGUUGCUCAAAUAAUGUAGCAAGGCUUUUUUUUAAGUAACGUAUUUUUUCAUUGGACAUUUUUUGUUAACCAUUUUCACAAUGAGUUCAAACAAUAAGCUUAAAGAAAUGUUAAAACUGCGGUGAGAUAGAUAUAGCAAUUGUUCACUCAUAUCAACAUGAAAAAACAACUUGUUGCUUAGGCCAGUUAUCUUAAGGGCUGACUGACGAUUGCAUGUGCAAAACAGCCCCGUAUUUGCUGCAGAACAGUUAACGAGCAAUUACAUGAGCAAAUUACUAUUGGCAAAUAAAGUUACGCAAGUUAUGAGGAUGUAAUAUAGACCCAUGAAAGCACGCUAAGUUGCAUUGGCAUUCGAAUGCGCCACAACACUGGACUGACACAAUCGCUGUUGAAGUCGACUUACAUAGGAAGCAUUUGGUGAAGAACUGUGACGUCAAAUUGCUUGUUUCUUUUGAAGAUGUACAGUCUCAAGCAUAUGGCGUCGUUUCCUGGAAUUCUCAAAAAGGAAAAAGCAAUAGAAACAUUGAACAGAAUCAAAGAUGAGGAAGGACUAUUGCCUUACCCACUACUGUUAGAUCUAUCAGACGAAGUGCUAAUUGUAUCUGAUGAGCAUACUAAAAAAAUACUGGAAGCUUAUAGAAUGAAAAAGAUUUCGAAAUGCAAACUCACAGAUGGCGGAAAGGAAAUUGGCAAUGUUUUGCUUCUGUCUACAAGCAAAUCGAACGGGAAAAUCCUUGCAACGCAUAUCUUCAAAGCAAGCGAUGAACUACUGGAAAUGGCAAGUGAAGAAAUAAACUAUAUGCUGCAAAGGCAGGGGAAAAUGAAUAUUCUGAGAAGAUGGAAAAAAUGACGAAGACAAAUGCCUGGGAACAUUGAAAAACUGUUUUUAAUUCAAUGGAUGCAAAUAAUAUGAUUGUAAACAAAUUGUUUUCUAAAUACCAAAAUUUUUAAUAA